AUGACAGCUACUCAGAAACACAACCUCAUCACGCCCGAACCUCACUAUGUCCCUGGCUACGCCGGCUUCUACCCGCAGCUACGCUACCAGGUGGGGAACACCUAUGGGCGCACCACAGCUCAGCUGCUCACGGACCCCAGUGUGCAGAAGAGCCCCUGCUCCGUGCUGUCCCCAAUAUCCAAGCCCAAGUUCAUCGAGGACUUCAGCAGGUCCAAGCCACCCUUGAUCCCCUGCCGGGACCUGAUUGAGCCCUACAUCCCCCACUACACCGGUCUGAAGCCCUACAAAAACUUUGAAAUCCUGGGCAAGUUCUCACCCCAGGAGGUGCACACUGAAGGACCACCAGGGCUAGAGAAUGCAUCCAGGCAGGUCGCACUGCCUGCAGGCUUCAUGCCCUACCCCCCCUACCCCCCAUGCCCACCAGGCAGGAAGAGGGACUCUAGGGACCUCGGACACCCAGGCCUGCAGCUGGCAUACGGGGAGGAGGGCUGGAAGAGCAACACCCCUGCCACAGAGGCCCCUGAGCCAUACCAGAUGUACCACUGCAGGAGGGAUGAGUAUGUACCUCUAGCCCACCAGCAGGAGACACUAGAUGUAGGCAGGUUCCACAGGCUGCCCCAGCUGGACCACCCCAACCUGAUCCAACGCAAGGCCAUCUCUGGAUAUGCUGGCUUCAUCCCCCAGUUUGCCUGGGUGAUGGGGAUGAAUUACCGCAAUGGGGUCACGCAGGCUAUGGAUGAGUUUGACAAAAUCCAGUUCCUGUCUAGAAACCCCAUCUGUGCCCUGGGCGAGAGGCUGCCCCAAACACACUGGCCCAGCAACACCAUCUACAACAGCAAGGGCCUGAUACCUUUCUACAUGGGGUUCAUACCAUCCAUGCAGGACCACUACGCCAUGACGUUCGGCAACAGCACCCGCAAGGCCUACCAGAAAGAACUGGAGAGGAGAAGCCAGACACUAUGAAAUGCUUUAAUGGUGGUGUCUGUACAGCAUAUGAAGUCAAGACAGGAAGAGAGCAGGUGCACACAGUGAAAUAGGGUUAUCAGAGGA